GCGCACUGGCCGCGCUGAUUGGCGGAGGCCGGGAGGGGGUCGCGGAGGGCUGAGGCGGCGGCACGGGCUGCAGGUGAGGGCAGGGGCAGGUUGGAGUCGCACCCCCAGAACGAGCACUUCUCGAUUUAUUUCAUUUCUUCCAGGCGACACGACACCCUCCCUCCCCCCCACAGGCUGUAAGACGCCGACUCCUCCGAUUCCCACCGUCAGGCGAGGAGCUGGGAGCAGCCUCUCAGGAUGGGAGGCCGGCGGUCUCCGUUAGAACCGGGAACACCGUGCCAGGCAGAGUUAUGGGGUGACCUCGGGGUGCUCGAAGAGGAUGAGGAGCUGGAGGGUUUCAGGCGGGAGGUGGAAGUUCUGCGUGAGAAGCUGAGGGAGGCUCUCAGUCAUACAUCUGGUAACAAAAGGCAGUCCAGUUCUUUGACCGACCUCACCUCGGACAGUACCUGGGAUCAGCAAAAGCCUCACUUAUUUCCUAAAUCCUGCUUGAGGCCAAAAAGUGCUUCAUCUCCCUGGAUUCCUUCCAUCACCAUCCCUCAGCCUUUCAAAAUGACACUGCGGGAAGCUCGCAAAAAGUCUGAGCUGAUGAAGUCAUACAUGUUUCUUGAACUAGACAAACAGAGAGACAAAAGGCAAAGCCAGGAUGAAGCCGAAUGUCAGAAACAAUUCCGGGCACAGCCUGUACCUGCCCAUGUGUUUCUGCCCCUUUAUCAGGAAAUAAUGGAGCAGAAUGAGAUUCGCAGGCAAACAGCAAUGCAGAAAAGAAAGGAGCUGCUACUUUCAACACAGCGGCCCUUCAGUUUCCUGGAGAAGGAGGAGAAAAAGAAAGAAGCUAUCAGACAAAAAUUCUUGUCAGCAGCAACCCCAAAUGAGAGCUCCAAACAGAAGCAAGACAGUAAAAAAGUUCCUAAAUCUACUUACCACCCACUUCUUGGAAAUAAACUCAAAGAAGCUGAACUCUACAGAGAAAUCCGCAUUCAAAUGAGAGCAAAGGAUUUGCUUGAGAGCUCAGUGGCUCCAAUAGACACCAGCAACUGUCGGAGGGAGCCUCAGUCCCGAACUGCCACCAAAACCAAGCAGGAAAGGCUUGGCUUCUUGCAGGACAAAAGUUUCAGCUUCAAGCCAAGGAUUAAUCCAACAAUACCGGAUUUUGAAGAACUUUACUGGGCAUUUCAGAAGGAAGCAGUAAGGAGACAAGAAAUCAAAGAGCCAACUCGUAGUAAGCCAUUCAAGCUAAGAACCUCCAAUCUCCGUGCCAGGCAGAGGCAGGCUAAUGAAAAGAUAAAGGAUUCUGAGAAGCUUUCCAAGGUUUCAGUGGAAAGAAGUCAUUCUCUGACCAGACUUUCUUCUCUCUCUUCCAACACCCUUCCAGUGCAUAUUACCGAUGCAACUAGAAGAAGGGAAUCUGCUAUUAGACACUCCCAAGUUAAUAAAAAGGAAGGGGAUAAAGAAGGAAUUAAUUGGCUGGAGAAACAGAAAAUGAAAUGUCAAGCUAUGCAGAAGUCAGUGAACAGCCGAGCAAAAGCACUGGAUCCUCAUAAAAGUCUGGAGGAAACACACAAGGAGAAAUUGAAACAGAACCGGCAAAGUAUGAGAGAGAGAACAAAAGAAUACAGAAAGGAGCUGGAAGAAAUGCAGCUGCGAGUCAAGAGCAGACCAUACCUCUUCGAACAGGUCACCAAGUGUCAGUUAGGACUCAGACACAAGUAUGCUAGUCUGGUAAGACUGGAAUGCAGUAUAAGGAGAAUAGAAGAAGGAAGAAAAAAAGAACAGAAGCAGGAAAAGCAUGAUGCUCGUCAAGGAGCAGAACGUCGCUACAGAAACACUCUCCAGCAGGUUGGCCUGAGCGAAGAAUUUGUAAGAAGAAAAGGGAAAGAUGCCACUGACUUGCUGGAAGAAGAAUCUGAUGUACACAGAGUGCCCAAGCCUGCGGGUGAAAAGGACGACUGUACUGUACAGGAAGGAGUACCUCAGGAGGAACAGAGCAGAAAGGAACCAGCAGCAUAAGAGCUAGCAGAAGAAUCCAUUGACCAUCUCUUGAUUUUUUAAAUCCAGGAUUCUCCAGGUUAAUCCUCAGGAACUUAAUGGUUUAAGCUGACACCUAAGAAUGGCUCUGGGGUAAGUGAGAUGGGAGAAUUUAGUAAAGAAAAAAAAGACCAA